CACCCCGAUGUCGCCUACACAAGUGCGCGUGAAACGCGCCUGGAGGUCCCCGCAACUACUUCAACAGUGACGUGUUGAUCUUCACACUAACAUCAUUUCACGGAGAGAGAGAAUUGAGAUUUGGGGUCCGACGGAAUCACUCUCUGUCUCGCCAGUCAAACCGUUUUCAGGAGUUGCAGAAGCGGCGGUAGCGGCAAGAGCAGAGCGUCUAGCUCUACUACAGUCCUCCUCCUCCACCUCCUUCGUUUUCUGCGGCUUGGCUCGAUUUGGCUUGGCAGCCAGGGUGAGUCCCGAGGAGACCCCCCCUCCCUCUCCCCCAGGUGCAAGUCGAGGCCCGCUUCUAUGCUUGUGCCUAGAGCGCGAAGAGAUCUAUCGAGCUCGAUUGUCUGUUGCGUGCAGUGCGUUGGAGGUGGCAUUGGACUCACUGCCACGCUUGCGUUAGUGGGACUGGAGGGAAGCAGUGUCGUGGCCCUAGUCACUGGCAAGCUAAGGGCACGGGAAGUUGCCAGAGUGUCGGUAGGAAUGCGUGCUGGGGAGUGAAUGUGGUGUAAGUUGGAUGUCAGGUGCUAGGCUGACGAUAGUGGGGUAGGUUGCUUGCUUGACUGCAGGCGUUAGGGUCUAGAAGGUGGAAUCGAGAGUCGCGGGAUGGAGAGUUUUGGAUGGGCCAGGGUUUUGAGGUGAGAUUGGGAGGUUGGGGUUGGGGUGGGUUUGGAAUGGUGGGAGGGGUCUGCGUAGAUCUUGUAUGUAGACUCGUGGGGGACAUGAAGGACCGGGGGUGGUGAUGGGUGGUAGUGGUGGUGGUGAAGAUUUUGGAGAGAGAAUAGGGUUUGUGGCGCUGCCAAGAAAGUGGUGAUCGGGGAGAAGGGGUCUGCUGUAAGGUGAAAUUGGUGAGAUGGCGCGGAUUACGUUUCCAGUGUUGGUGUUUCUGGCUCUGGCGGCAAUGGUGGUUACGUACAAUACGAUCACUAUGAUCAACAGCUACCACAACCGGAGUGACCUUAUAGACUCUAGGGCUGGGGAGGAGGACGACGACAACCAGUUUGCGUUCGAUCCGCUAAUCAGAAUGCCGAAGGACAUGAAACGGAACGGUCCUAAGCGGUUGUUUCACGUUGCUGUGACAGCUAAUGAUUCCCCCUACAACCGUUGGCAGUGCCGGAUCAUGUACUAUUGGUACAAGAAGUUCAAGGACGCACCUGGGUCGGAGAUGGGCGGCUUCACUCGCAUCUUGCAUUCAGGGAAGGCUGACAAUUUCAUGGACGAAAUUCCAACCGUUGUCGUGGACCCUUUGCCGGAUGGCGAGGAUCGGGGAUACAUUGUUUUGAAUCGACCAUGGGCUUUCGUGCAGUGGUUGCGAAAGGCAGACAUACCUGAGGAUUAUAUCCUGAUGGCAGAACCAGAUCAUAUAUUCAUACGGCCGCUUCCAAACUUAGCUACGGAAGAAAUGCCGGCUGCCUUCAAGUUCUUUUACAUUGUUCCUACGGAAAAUGAAAAAGUUUUAAGGAAAUUCUUUCCGAAUGAGAAGGGACCGAUUGCCAACAUCGAUCCCAUAGGCAAUUCUCCAGUCAUUAUUAAGAAGAGUCAACUAGAGAAGAUAGCUCCAACAUGGUCUGACGUGUCCAUCAAGAUGAAAGAUGACCCAGAAACUGACAAAGCAUUUGGUUGGGUUCUGGAAAUGUACGGAUACGCAACGGCUUCAGCUUUACACGGGAUUAGACAUAUGUUGGUGAAAGAUUUCAUGCUACAGCCACCUUGGGAUACCGACCUUGGAAACAAAUACAUUAUUCAUUACACAUAUGGAUGUGAUUACAACAUGCAGGGGAAGUUGACGUACGGCAAAAUUGGAGAAUGGCGAUUUGACAAACGUUCUUUCACUACAGGAGCUCCACCUAAGAACCUGACGCUGCCUCCUCCAGGUGUACCAGAGACAGUGGUCACAUUGGUCAAAAUGGUGAAUGAAGCCACCGCAAGCAUUCCAGGAUGGAAAGGAGGGGAAUAGUGCAGAGGCAUUUCCUCUGGUAGAUAUGCUUAAGAAAACGUGCUUCUCCGUUAGUGCCUCUUUUCAUCAAUCGCAGUAAAACUAGAGAGAUCUGCAGUUAGCCUAGGCCUGAAUUAUAGGCACCUGGUGUACUGUAUGAUCAUUAGUUGCUUAAUGUGAACAUUAUGGAACCCACAAGAUAUAGUGCAGCCAGAUUUUUUGUUGAACUUAUCAGGGGUUAGUAGCAUGCGGUCACUUACCAACAAGAGGUUGGAUAACGUCUUUUUCAAAGGGCAAUUAAUUUUAAGGUUAAUUUAGUUAUAUCGUACCGAU